CGGGUUAAACAUACUUUGUUUUAUAAAAAGUCUCAGAUAACUUAAUUUUUCUAUGUACACAGAGCUACCCAUACUUUAAAAGUUUUUGAGAAUUCAUAAUAUGUCGUAGCACGCAUACAAGUAUACUUACUACAGGUAUAGUAGAUUUUCAUGCACACGAGUAGCGUGCAUGCAGACCAAAUAGUGAACUCACUGAACUGAGACACGUGCUUUACAGUUUUCGUGACUCACUAGAGCAUUUGUAAGUGCCAAUGAAGCGGGUCAACACGUGUGUUUCAUGAUACGAAUUUUGGUUACUUAAAUUUAUUUUAAUUCAUCGUCAAAAUGUCUGAUUCGGGAGCAGAAGUAAUUCAACAGCAGCAUCAGCUACAAAACAAUCACGCUUCUCUUGAAGAAAUGAGGGCUGCCAGUGAAUCUGAAAGCGACGACGGUUGGGAAGAAAUGUGCGAUGACGUUCCGAAUAUUUUGUGUAUGUUUUGUACUUCCAUUUUCAAUAAUUUUAAGGAUGCUUUACAACACCUUGAAAGCCAGCACAGUUUUAAUUUAGCAAAGUUCAAAGACAGACAUGCUUUGGACUUUUAUUCCUACAUCAAGCUUAUCAAUUUUAUAAGAAAAAAAAAUAUUUCACCACAAGAAUUGAUUGCCUUGACUACCCAAACUUGGAAUUCAGAUGAUUACUUAGCACCUACCAAUCAAGAUGAUGCAUGGCUCAUGUUUGACAUAGAAGAUUUGGAAGGUGGAAACAAAUCCAAUGAUAAUUUAGAGGUAAUGCUUUCUAAUGAAGGUGUCACACUCUCAGAAAUUCAUUUCUCUGAACUUCAGAGAACAAUCCAGUCUUUGAAAGCUCAACUUGAACAAAGAGAUCUGGCAUGUUUAUUAGCUAAACAGCAAAUUGACGAAAUGUCAAAAAAAGUUCAAAAACUAGUUUUUGAUGAAGAAGAAGUUACAAACCACAAAAAUAGAUGCGUGAAAAGUGUUGAAACUAAAUCUGAUCAAGGAUAUUUUAAUACUUAUAGUCACUUUGCUAUUCAUCAUGAAAUGUUAACAGAUAAAGUAAGGACUGAAAGUUAUCGUGAUGCAUUAUUGAUGAAUUCCCACAUAUUUAAAAACUGCAUUAUGCUUGAUGUUGGCUGUGGCACUGGUAUUCUAUCUAUGUUUGCAGCAAAAUCUGGUUGCCAGAAAGUUAUUAGCGUUGAUCAAUCAGACAUAAUUUAUCAUGCUAUGGAUAUAGUCAGAGAAAAUAAUCUUACAAAAAUAGUGAAGUUAAAGAAAGGUCGCCUAGAAGAUAUAGAUUUAGAUGUUGAUAAAGUUGAUGCAAUUGUAUCGGAAUGGAUGGGUUAUUUUUUACUAUUCGAGGGUAUGCUCGAUUCAGUGAUUUAUGCGAGGGACCAUUAUCUUAAACCUGGGGGUAAACUUUUACCAAACAAAUGUACAAUCAGUCUUGUAGGUAGUGGUGAUACAAAGCGUUACAUUGAUCUAGUUGAUUACUGGUCUAAUGUGUAUGGUUUUAAAAUGAGCUGCAUGAAAGCUGAAGUUGUGAGAGAACCAAGCAUUGAAUUCUGCAAUGCACAAGAUUUAGUAACAAGUGUUGCAGAGAUACAGUCUUUUGAUCUUUACAAAGUUACUACUGAUUGCGUUAAUUUUUCAGCACCAUUCAGCCUUAAAGUUAAGCGAAGUGGCUCCUUAACAGCCAUUAUCGGAUAUUUCGAUGUGUUCUUUGAUGAUCUUGAUAACCCCGUGCAUUUUAGUACUGGCCCUCAUGCUACACCAACGCACUGGAAACAAACAGUCUUUUCCUUAAGUGAACCAAUCAGUAUAACUGAAGGUGAAAUUGUCAGUGGAACAUUGGUUUGCCAAAGGCAUGUAAAAGAUAUCCGAGGAUUAAUCGUGACAAUCCGUAUAAAGGACUUUAGUCAAGUUUACUAUUUAGAUUAAAUAAGCUAAAUUUGUUUCACUUUCAAAAAUUUUGAAUUUUGGCAAACACCACUGCUUAUUCAAUUUCAUACUUGUAAUACUUAUUUAUAAUCAAGUUACUAUUUAUAAAAAUCCAAGCAUUUUAUUAAAUCAGAAAUAGGAUCCGCAAAAGUAGCCAAGAGAAAUUGAUUCCUAUAAGUUGCCUACAUAUCUGUGUUCAAGUGUUCAAUGCUUUUUUACAACCAUAUACUAUGCAUGAAAGUGAUUAAAAAGCUAGCAUAAAAAUACACAUUUUCGGACUCGUUUUCUGAUAUACUUAGUAAAUUUCUUAAUAAAAAGCUUUUUAAUAAUUAAAAGAGUAAUACAACAAUGCUAAAGAGCUUUUUAGGACAAUUUUCAAUAAGAAAAAAGAUUUGAUAAUUUUUAGUUUCACACUGGCUUCAUAUCUUUUAGUAUGGAAAAAUUGUAAUUAUCCUAUUUUUGCUCAUUAUCUAUAACUUUAUUACAACGCUGUGUAAAUUUUUCGUACACAAAUAUGUGAACAUUGUUUUGCUACUAAAUAUACAAUUUUACUGAUUGGUAUUUUAUGCUUAAUAUUGUUAGAAAUUAGGGCGGAGUUGUUUAAAAAAUAGGAAUCAAAUUGUUUCAUAUAUAUAUAUAUAUAUAUAUAUAUAAUAUAACAUAAAGUUACUCAGAUUGAAGCUUUGCAAUAAAAAUAACUACACAAUUAUUGAAGGAGGCAUAGUGUUUAACAAAUUUAAAAUAAAACUAUAAAUAUUGAAAAUAGCUCCAAUCUUCCAAAUUCUGUGCCUUUAGAAUGCUUAGUAAGUAUUAGAAAGCCAACAAAUUGAUUGUGAAAAAUACAACAAAUAAAACGCGUGAUAUUUGCAGUAACACAACAUUAUAUAUAUAAGACUUUGAUAUUAUAAAUUCUUGAGAAUUGGUAAUUAAUUUACCUUAAAAAAGAACUAAUGAUAGUAAACCAAAUGGUUUUUUACCAUAACCAUAAUAAAAAUAUUCAAUAAAAAUAUUUAAAUGAAUGAAGCAUUUUUCCACUUCUUGUUGUUAGAGUACUUGAUAGAUAAAAAAUUUAUCAAUAUAGUUGAGAUAUAAUUGAGUAGAUUGUACCAAUGCAGUUAGUUGUAAUUUAAUCAACCAUCAUAAAGGGCUUUCAAUAUUGCAGAAUUUUUGAUAAAAUCAUUAGAGUAGUUUUUCGAUCGCUUCAUGAUAAAAUGUUACGAUGUACGGUUUAAUGUUGAAUCAGUGGUAUUUUAAAGAUUAACAAACUGUGAAAAAGUUGCUUACAUUCAAUUUACCAAUUAUAUUGUUCACACAUUCAAACGAUUUUGAUUGUAUAUUUCAGGUUUCAUAAUAUUUUUAUUCCUUGACUAUCAUUAAUAAUAAUAUAUACUCUGUGAUAUAGAUGAACAAGUGAGAAAUAAUAUGAAGUAUUCUUCGCAUUGACAGAUUUUGCUCAAUAACUGAAUAUAUAAAAAAUUCAACUACUAUUCCUGCGCCAAAGUGAAUUUAAUAUUAUACGAUAAUACCACGUUUUGCUCAAGAAGUGCGUAAAUUUGUGGUAAAAUGCCCAAUACGCUGAUAGGGCCUAAGUACACAUGGACUAAUACGCUUGGCUGAUACUUCCUUUGUACUGCACUUUUAAUCAAACCGAAUUACUUGACCGAUAUGUAAAAUUGUUACUUAUGCAAUUGCUAAGCUUACGAAUUU